GUCGGAAUACAUCGGUAGAAAACGUUAUUAAGAAGUUGUUUUACUCUGACAGGUACUUGAAAUUUACACCCUUCCAAAGUUUCUAAGGAAAAGAAUGGUAUAAGGUUUUUGUACGACCUUUUAUACGGAGUUGAAAAUUUUCGUUAAAGAAUUCAAACGCUGUCAAUGAAUUUGUUGAAUGAUGCUAUUUUUGUUGUCAUAAAUUACCUUAGCGACGGAAAAGAAGAACGAUUAUGAACAUAAAAUGUGUUUCUGUAUCGCUAAAGGAUUACUGUGUUUUUGAUUUUAUUUAUUUCGCAUGUAUUGUAUUUGCCGCAUGUGGAGGAAAGACUUUGUUAGAGACGAUGAAAGGAAGAAUAAUUGUAAGCAACACUGCUAACACAUCGACAAAUUUGACAAAUAUUCAUUGUGAAUGGUUAAUACGAGCUCCUGAAGCUCAACAAACUAUUACAUUAAAAUUCAAGUAUUUUGAUUCCAAAUGUGGUUUUGAUUAUUUAAAAGUUUAUGAUGGAUUAUCAAGAAAAACAUUGUUGGGUGUUUUUAGUGGAAACACAUUACCCACCAACUUGUUCUCAAACACAUCUGGGAUUGUUAUAGAAUUCUUUAGUGACUACAGCUAUGUAAGAAAUUGCUGUAUCAUUGAUUUUGUUGUGACAAAUUGUCCUAACAACUGUAGUGGUAAUGGGGCAUGUCAUGAAUAUCAAUGUUAUUGUGAUAAACUACACACAGGUAGAGCUUGUGAAAUUAAACAAUGUCCUAAUGGCUGUAAUGAUAUCAAGGCACAUGGAAAUUGUGUUCAGGGUAACAGCUGUGUUUGUCAAUCAAAUUUUAUUGGUCAAUCUUGCUCACUUUUUGUCAGCGAUGAUGAUGAUGUUACAGCUGAUCAAUGGCAUGUUCUUAGUGAGCAUUCCUCUAUAUUCAAGAAUCGUUACAGCCAUGCUGGAGUUAUUGUAAAUCAUGAUUUAUGGAUAUUUGGAGGUUGUAAUCUUAAUGAGAUUUUCAAUGAUGUGGUAAAGUUUAAUUUUCAAGACAACCACUGGACAAAGAUUUCAUGGGAAGGUGGAAAUGGACCAACAGCCAGAGCUCGACAUUCAAUGGUUUCUUAUAAAGAUUCUCUCGUUGUCUUUGGUGGAAAAUUGAAAAAUGGCAGUCUUUCCAAUGAAUUAUGGUUUUCAACAUUACAACAAAACAUGGAAUGCUUUUUUUCAUUUUCAGGUGAAAUGGAAAAUCGUAAUUUUUCACAUCAAAUGUUUAGUUUUGACUUGUCCAACGGUAGCAGUUGGAUAUCAAUCACUUAUAAACUUUUUAAAUUAUCUGAUCUUCGUCUUGUGGGACAUUCGUGUGUUGUUUAUGAAGAAUUAAAAUCAUUGAUUGUGUAUGGUGGUUUUAGGAUAAACAAAGAAGUGAACCAUGUACUUUUUUUUCAUCUUGAGAGCCAUGUGUGGUUAAAUGUUCAUAUUUCAUUGAAGACUGUUCAUCCAACAGCUUAUCAUUCUUCUAUAUUGAUGGGACAUUAUCUCGUAAAUUAUGGUGGUAUUUUGAAUACUUGCGAUAAAGAUGAAUCGUGUUAUGAAAACAGAAUCUCUAUGUUCAAUUUAAAAACUUUUGUGUGGAAAUCUUUUGAUGAGAACUACGACCAUGUCAGACCCGGUAGAUUUUCUCACGUCGCCCAUUUACUAAAUAAAAGAAUACUUGUUGUUUCUGGAGGAUUCAGUGGUAUUGUUCGCGGUGAUUUGAUUGCAUAUAAAAUCUCACCAAGUCUUAUCUCAGACAAUCAAGAUCAUUCUUGUUCCGUCUUCAAGCAUUGUAUACAUUGUUUAACGUGGGGCUCAAGCUCUCAUGUCGAAUGUGGUUGGUGUGUUCAAGAUAGCACAUGUUAUUCACGUGACAAUCCUUUACGUGCGUGCUCUAAAACUAAACUACAUACAAAAGGAUGGUGGGGCAAUAAGGCUUUAUUCCUGAAAUCCUUUGAUGAAUGUUGGAUCUGCGAUGAUCCUCCUGGAUUGAUGGCAAAGAUAUAUUUUGAAGAUCGGUUAUAUGAUGUUUAUGUCAUAAAUCCUUUACGUGAUGAAGACUUUUAUACCUCUACUCGUCGUUUAAAAUUUCCUCCAACCAAUGGUUUGAUCAAGGUUUCUUGGACAGGAUUUAUAUAUCCAUUUAUAUCAACACCUUCCUUCGAUAAAAUUCUUGUUCUUCGUUCUCAUAUGAAUUCUGCAAGUAUUCGUUUGAGUAGGGACGAGCAAAGUAUUAAUGCGAAAAAAGUGAUAUCAAAGAAAACGACGAAUAAUGUGGAUUUUAGAGAAAAAAGAUUUCCCGAACUUCGUAAAGGGCAAAAUUUGUAUUACAUUGAAGUCAGAACUGAGUUUCAGAAAAGUGAUGAUUUGAAAAAUGUUCUCCUCGAAGUUUCAUGGCAUUCUCAUGAUGGUGAUGCUAUUAAUGGCACAUAUGUUAGACCAUUUUAUUCAAAUAACUGUAUGAAGUAUUCACAAUGUCUGGAAUGUCUGUCUGAUGCAUCGUGUGGCUGGUGUCAAACUAGUAAAACCUGUUUAGUCAGAAAUAGUUCUACGAACUGCCGUCAUCCAAAUGGAAAUAUAGUUUACUUGAUACUGGAUUCUUGCUACUGUGAAACAUGCAUACAAUAUACAAACAGUGACUCCUGCACAAAGGAUAGCAAUUGUGCUUGGAAAUUAGAAAUUUGUGAGGAGGUUGUCCGUUCAAACGACAACCAACUAAAAUGUACUUCUUCCUUUCAAAGCAAUCAAGAUUGUCAUCCUUCUGUUACAAACAAAAAAUGUCUUCCGUGCCAGAACUCUAAUAAUCGUUUACCUUGGAUAUCUUAUCCUUCAAAAUUCGGUCAUAAUGAAUGUUCAAAUUGGUCACAAAAUUGUCGUCAACAAACUUCAUGUUCAUCAUGUUUGAAAGCUUUUCACUGUGGUUGGUGUGGCGAAUUUCAUAAUGGAAGUUGUUUUGCUGGACAAUAUUCAUCUCCCGAUAAUGGCACUUGCGAACAUUUACUAUCGCAACUUUCUUUAAGUUAUAAUGAGAAAAGUUUCCAGUGGUAUUACGGUAAAUGCCCAGAUGAAAAUGAGUGCAUUACUCGUCGAGAUUGUGAUAAAAAUGCGGUUUGUAUAAACACUGUUGGCUCGUACAAAUGUAAAUGCAAGCGUGGCUUUGAAGGAAAUGGAAAAUUUUGUAAAGCAAUAUGUAAUCCACGUUGUCAUCAUGGUUACUGCAGUAAACAUCCAUCAAAUGAUUCGCUUGAUGUGUGUAAAUGUAAGGUUGGUUGGACUGGUCGUGUUUGUUCAGAAGAUUGUGGAUGUAAUAAACACAGUACAUGUAAAAAUGGAGUGGGUCUUUGUGACAGUUGUCAAGAUUUAACGUAUGGUAAACAUUGUGAGUUUUGUAUACCUGGAUCUUAUGGAAAUGCAACCUCAAAUGUUGGUUGUACUUUAUGUCAAUGCAAUGGACAUGGUGAUGUGCAAAAAAAGAUAUGUAACGAUCGAAAUGGACAUUGCUAUUGUAUUCACAAUACCAUGGGUCGACAUUGUGACCAAUGUCAACCUGGAUUUUAUGGUCAACCUAAGCGUGAGUCAUGUUAUUCUCCAUGUAAAUCUGAUGCAUUACUAACGAAUAAAACCAACGGGAUCUUACGUAGUGUUUUACCACCUUUUCAUAAUCAGUCACAACAUGACGAGCAAAGAACCGUGAAAUGUUUGUGGGCCAUCACAACUUUAACGAACACGUCACGUGAUUUUGUGUACACCAAUGGAGAGGCACCUGGCUCUAUUUCAUUGGUUGUAAAUGAUAUAUCGUUGGAUUGCCACACAAGUCAUCUUUAUAUAUACGACAUUAGUCCUUCGGUGAAAAAUACUACAAGGAUUGUGGGCUCGCUUUGUGGAUCUAAUCCAUCCAGUAUUCGUGCAAUAGAAUCGCGGUCAGGAACUAUGAUUGUUAUGUUUAAAGGAAAAGUUGCACGAGGUCGUGGUUUUAAUGCGAGCUUUGUUGUUAACUACUGUCCAACUCAUUGUACUGGGAAUCGGUUUUGCCGUAGCAACGGAUUAUUUGAAGAGUGCGUUUGUAAAUCUGGAUUUACUGGGCCUAAUUGUGCUGACCUUAUAUGUGAGGAAAACUGCGGUCAUGAAAAUGACACAUAUGAGAUACCCAAAAGAUGUGUUUGUGAAGCUGGUAAUGCUUGCAAUAUGAGUAAUUCAAGUAAUGACUGGAUGAUUUUGUUUCCUUCAAAUAAUAGUUCAACACUUGCUCGCAUGGGACAUACUAUGAUAGCCGAUGAUGAUAAAUUGAUCAUAUACGGAGGAUAUUCUUUGUCUAAUGGAAUUCUUGGUGAUAUUUGGAGGUUUUCAACUAAAACAAUGAAUUAUGUCCUAGAAGAUAAAAGCAACGCUAAGCCAAGUCCGCGUUACUUUCAUGCAGCAGUAGUUCACGAGCGUACGAUGUAUGUUACUGGAGGUGUGACCCACAAAGGUUAUACACAUGAAGUUUGGAAAUAUAAUCUUGAUGAAAAAAAAUGGAAUUUAUCAAAGAACCUUCCCAGAAGCCUUGCUGGUCAUACAGUAAAUGCUGUCAAUUCAACUCUGUAUUUAAUUGGCGGAUAUUCUCCCGAAAAUGGUUGUUCCAGUGCUGUCUAUAUCCUUAAGCUCUACAAUGUGGAGUCUACUUGGGUGAACUUAAGUCCACUUGGUGAAGAAUUUGAUGGUUGUUUUGGUCAUACGACCGUUUACGAUGAUCAGACUAAAUCAUUGAUCACCUUUGGAAAGAAAGCGAAAAAAAUGGAAUCCACGUUGGUAAUGUUGCACCUAAUUGAACGAAAAUGGAUAGUUUUGUCUCAAGUUUCUCAGAUAUCUCCGAGAUUGUUUCAUCUUUCUGUAAUUUACGAUGGCUUGAUGUUCGUAAUGAGUGGUUAUACUGAUAAUGGCUUUCUGGAUUUUUCUGAACAGCCUCUAAUUUACGAUUUAAGAUGCAAAACCUGGCAUAAACCUAAUGAACCAAAAUUAUUUACUAUAUCACUUGCUCACGGUGCUGUGACAACUAUUAAUGAUGUCAUGUUUAUAUUUGGUGGAUACAAUGGUUUUUCUUCAUCUGAAUUAUAUUUUAAAGAUCUUUCGUCGAACUUGUGCUCUAUGUUUUCUACUAAAGCACAUUGUGCUCAGCUUCGACCUUGUCAAUGGCAUACUGAUGAAAAGAAUGUUAGUGGGUGUUUUUUGUCAUCCAGUCGUUCCUUUAUGACAUGUAGCACCAUUCGUAAUACACGAGAUAUUAAUGUUGACAAAAUGCCCUCUGAAAUAUCUCCUACGUCAUCUGUUGAUUGUAAUGCUUCCAGUCAAAAUGUCGGUUGCUUGGAAUGCACAAAAGAAUCCUCGUGUUCUUGGUCUGUUGAUUUACAUCGCUGUUUCUCAAGUGAUUAUGAAGAAAUUACGUGUCCAUUUGGUGUUUGUGGCCUUGUGUUACGUAAUAAAGUCGAUUGUCCUGGUCCUUGUAAUGUUCAUAAUUAUUGUUAUGACUGUUUAAAGCAGUUUAAUUGUGGCUGGUGUUCUAAUGUAUCUAGUAAUGGCGUUGGAUUUUGUGCAGAAGGAACAGUUUUAGGUGUUUGUAAUGGAAGCUGCCAAUCAACUCACGAAUGGUCAUCUCUUUUUUGUCCAUUAGAAAAUGAAUGCUUGAAUAAUCACAAUGACUGCGAGAGAAAUCAAACUUGUAUCAAUGAAAUUAGUUCAUUCAGAUGUGAAUGCCAGUCUGGUUAUCGUAAAAUAAAUGGUUCAUGUGUUCCUGUAUGUUCUCAAGGAUGCGUGAAAGGACACUGUAUUUCACCAAAUGAUUGCUUUUGUAACUUUGGAUGGACAGGCAAUAACUGUUCUACAGCUUGUCAAUGUUAUGGAAAAGGCCGUUGCCAUAGUGAACAGCAACUUGAUAAAUGUGAUCAGUGUGUUAAUAACACAACGGGUGACUCGUGUGAGAAAUGUGUUCGUGGAUAUGUUGGUGAAAAGGGACGUUGCACUAGCUGUUACGAGCUAUGUAAUUAUAAUGCUCAAGAAUGUUACACAUCUCCGAGAAAGUUUAUGAAGAAUGAAAAAUUCGGUCCUAAAAGUAAAGUCAACUUGAGUUGUAUUUGUUCUGGAAAUAGUCAAGGAAAGCUUUGUGAGAAUUGUGUCAAAGGUUAUUAUAAAUCAGGAAAGAAGUGUAUCAAAUGUGAAUGUCGAGGCCAUUCAGAUACAUGCAAUUUUAACAACGGUUUUGGAUGUGAUUGUGAAAACAACUCAACAACUCCUUCAAAUGAAAAUUUUAAUGAACAGUGUUCUCUGUGUAAGUCGACAUAUCAUGGUAAUCCAUAUGAAAGCCAGCAGUGUUAUCGUGAGUUAUCAAUGCUGAGUCAUCAGAGUUUGGCUCGUGAGGAAUCACAAACGACGAUGCUUUUGCCGUUUCAAACAAGUUUUUAUGUUCUUAAAUAUUUUGAUAAGUCAACUUACCCAAAUUUUGACAUUCGUUUGACUUUUGAUGUCGUCAAUGGAUCGUUGGACGUUUACAUUUCGAAUAGUUGCGACGCGUUUACAGUAGAUUCCAAUCAACGCGUUUCAAUGAUUUAUCCGUCGUUGCCAACAACAGAAACAACUGAUGGUUUAAAUAUUUACACUGAAUUUUACAAUGAAAAUAACAACACUGUUAUCACUUCUUGCAACGUUCAACACCGACUUAUUGUUCUUUUUCCCCACGAUCGAAAUUUUCUAAACUCGAAACAAUUUUUCGUCGUUGUAAAAGCUGGCAGUAAAGGUGCUGAUGGAAUUGUUUAUUUCAAACAAGACAUCAUCAAGAUUAAUUUAAUUGUGUUCUUCAUCGUGUUUGCAUCCUGUUUUGUAUUUUUAUUGAUGGUUGUUUCCAUAGCGUGGAGCAUUAGGAAUUUUAUUCAUUCACGGCAAGAAAUUCAUCAUCAAGAAAUUGAAAGCGAAAGAAGAUUUAACAGACCAUGUUCUAAAUUUUCGUUUUUAUUCGAGUACCAGUCUCCAACUCCGACAACUCGUCAUAGAAAGACAACUACUUCUACCAAAAAAGCAAUUAAGCCGAUUGCUGUUCAGUUUACAAAUGACCAUAACGCAGCUGUCACUACAGUUUUAUUUCAACUUCCACAAACUGAAAAGACUAAAAUGGCUUUGUGUCUUGGAACUUGUAUGAAUUUUGUGACUUCACGGCAGUUGGACAGAAUAUCACACAAUUCUUCAUCCUGAUCAAUAGAUACCUAACAUUCUUUAGACUGUUUAAGUCAGAAGAAGGGACUAACGAUUCAUCAAAAACUUCCGUUGAAAAGUCUUUAAAGAAUUAAUGUAAUGACGACUAAAGAGAUGUUUUCAAACCUUAUCUGAAAGUAAGACACAUUUUCUUCCUUGUGUAGAAGUGUAGAAACUUCCUUGUAGAUCAAUCAAAGUGUUUCUAUGUAAAUUUGUAAAUAUAGGUGCAUAACAAAAUUAAAUUACUGUAAUGUUAUCUUCGAUCUGAAAAUGAAAUUAUCCUUUGUCAAGUACCUUUUUAGUGCAAAGUUUCUAUUUUUUAAUUAUUUUGAAUUCAAAACCACGUGAACGGCUUCGUGCCAACGCUUGCACAAAUUUCCUUUUUGAAACAAAAAGGAUAACUGUUAUGUUAGUGAGCUGAUAAUUUAUUGAUUAUUGUGACGUUUUUUCUCAUGAAUUACCAAUGUGUCACUUUUUUUUAUCCAAAAUGAAAUAAAAUUUCUUACUAAUGGCUUGGCUUAUUA